AGAACUAGAGAAACUUAAGUCUGUUGUGUCUGUCGAUAUCUUACUCCUACUGAUAGCGUUAGAAAUACAAGUUUUUGACCAUAUUGUCAGUGUCGGUGUGACAAUGUCCGUGAUUCUGAUGGCCGGCCGUAAGAGGUUAGAUAUAAGUAAGCGUGACAUGUCCAAAAAGAGGAAAGUUAUCAGGAAAGCUGGAUAUAUAGGAUCAGACGGCGUUGCCAAAAUUACGACAGGAUGGGAACUUACAGUCGAUGGAACAAAUGUCAAAAUAUCGUUUUCUCGUGACAACUUUCAUGUAUGGGUGAACAGCGAACCAGUAGAAACAACAGCCUACAUUUCAGACGAGGGGUAUGAUGUUGACCUGUUUUUCAGUUUCGAAUCUCAUAAAGGCCAUAUCUUCAGUGAUGUUGACAACGAUCGUGACGAAAUGAUAAAUUAUAUACUUAUUGAUGACGUGUGCAUGGGAGAUAGUUAUCAAACUGUUCACCAUCAGGCAAAAACUUCUUGAGGGUCACGUGAUAACAGUUUUUGUAGAGAGUAGUGUAACAAACUGUUUUGGUAGUUUUUGUUUUAUUGAGAAACUAAACAUUGUCAAAAGAAUUAUUAUUUGAAAUAGCAUUGAGAUUUAUUUUAGAAAGGUGAAUGCUAAUGGCCAAUUUGUGAAUCAGCGUAAAGAAUAAAAAAGAAAUAACAAAUUCUGCCAGAAAACAUCCGUGAACACUUGACUAGUGCCACUGUAGUUUUAUGAUCAGUUGCCUAGUGCAUAUAGAAGAGCGGAGUUGAAGUUUCUUCUGUCGACAGCUUUGCAAAUUUCAUAUCAAAGAUGUAUAUAAAUGUUAAUGUUAAUUACUUUCUUUAAGUUUCGUUUGCCAUUUUAGUUUUUUUUACUUUAUUUUUCAUGCAACCGAAUCUUCGACGCAGAUUAUUUUCGAUCGUUGAACUAUGGUUUGAUAAUUUUACUGCUAAUUUGCAUCAAAUUUUCGUAUGAUUUUGUGAUAAAACAAUUGGAAUUUCUUUCAAGCAAGUGACAAGAUAUUUACAAGAAAACUUUAAGUUGUCGUUUGAUAUGAUUUCAGAAACCUUAUUUUUUAUUUAAUUUUGUGUGUUUCAAUUGUAAUAAUGGUACUUGAUAGUUAAAUAAGUUGAACAUCUAGACUUCAUUUAUCGAGCGUAAAAUAGUCACUUAAAGCAGGAACAUAUAUAUUGUUAGAUAUACUGAUCCCAGCUUAAAGCUAUGAAUUUAUAUAGUAUUUGACCAGUUUAUUGUACUUUAAGAUUUAGACAAAAUAAAAUGUUAUCCUCUAAACGAAUACAUGACAAUAAAAUCUUACUGCAAAUAUAGAA